AUGAAGUUCUUUGGCGGAAGCAAAAAGCAAUCGUCAACUUCCAAUUCGUCGUCAAGGAAGCACACCCCGAGUUCAAGCGUUGACGACCGCGACUUUUUCCCUCGCGAGACUCAUCCGCACUCGGAGCCCUCGUCGCCCACAAAGAACUCAUCCAGCAAUACUAAUAAGUCCCCAUCAAAAAAAAGUUCCCGGCCCGCAUCUUACCGGGAGUCAAGGGACUCUGAAAAGUCAUCAUCUUCUUCCUCCACACCUCGUCACGCGAGACUCUCCAGACACUCCACAGAGCCGCCGUCGACUUCGUCCUCGCGACGCAGUAAAUUCGACCCCGAUACUCAUCCUCUCAAUUUGCCUCCCGAGGAGCGUCGUCGCCUUUCCAAAUUGUCUAAUUCCACAAUGAGCGAUCAGAUGGACGUCGACCGGGAGCCCGUUAACGGCGCCUCGUCGCCUGCCUCCCAGUCGCAGAGUAACCCUUCGGCUCAAACAAACUUCUCGGUUCCCAUCACCAAUGGAACUCAUCACAGUGAGGCUCCCGCGCCGCCACCUCACGGAUCUAAUCCCUCCAGUCCUGUACCGACACCGGAGGACGACGCAGAAGCAUACAAGGCUGCCGGAAACAGGUUUUUCAAGGAGAAAAACUACACCAAAGCUAUUGAGCAAUAUUCCAAAGCCGUCGACCUUUUUCCCAACUCAGCAACCUACCUGAGCAAUCGCGCUGCCGCUCGCAUGUCUAAUGGCCAAUACACUACAGCUUUGGAAGAUUGCAGUCGCGCCGCCGAGAUCGACCCGCAAAACACCAAGAUUCUACUUCGCCUCGGCCGUAUCUACACUGCCCUCGGCCGCCCCGACGAUGCCUUGCUGAUGUUUGGUCGCAUCUCACCGGCACCGUCCGCCAAAGACAUGGCUCCCGCCAAGGAAAUGCAGUACCACAUUGAUACUGCUAAGCACAUUUUGGAGCAAGGCACUGGUGCUCACAUGGCUCUCCAUGCUUUGGAUCGGGCGGAGCGUGGGUUGGGACAUGGCGUUCCAAAACCUCGCAAGUGGCAGCUCUUGCGCGGUGAUGCGCAUUUACUCGUUGGCAGCGAAAAUUCUCUGGGUGAGGCACAGGGCAUUGCGAUGGCUCUGCUACGGAGCAAUACACAAGAUCCUGACGCUCUGGUUCUCCGCGGCCGAGUUCUCUACGCCCAGGGCGACAAUGCAAAGGCCAUUCAGUCGUUCCGUAUGGCCAUUAGCUUCGACCCAGACUACCGCGCAGCCAUCAAGUGGAUGAGGACGGUACAGAAGCUAGACAAGAUGAAGGAGGAAGGCAAUGUCGAGUUCAAGGCUGGCCGAUUCCAGCCCGCUAUCGAAAAAUACACCGAAGCUCUGGAAGUGGAUCCAACCAACCGCGGCAUUAACGCAAAGCUCCUUCAGAACCGCGCCGUGUGCAAGAUUAAGCUCAAGCAAUACGACGGGGCAGUUGCUGAUGCGGAAAAGGCCGUCAGCCUAGACCCCAGCUACCUCAAGGCCAGAAAGACCAAGGCCAACGCUCUGGGCCAAGCUGGAAAAUGGGAGGACGCCGUCAAGGAGUGGAAGUCGGUUCAGGAGGCUGACCCAGAGGAUCGCACCAUUCCGAAGGAGGUUCGCAAAGCAGAGCUCGAACUGAAGAAGAGCAAGCGAAAGGACUAUUACAAGAUCCUAGGCGUAGAAAAGGAUUGCACUCUUGACGAUAUCAAGAAGGCCUACCGCAAGAUGGCCGUCAAGCUGCACCCUGACAAGAACCUAGACGAUCCAGAAGCCGAUGCCAAGUUCAAGGACUUGUCAGAAGCUUAUGAGACCUUGAGCGACCCUCAGAAGAAGGCCUCCUACGACAAUGGGGACGACCUCAUGGACCCGGCAGACAUGUUUGGCGGCGGCAUGGGCGGCGGUAUGGGUGGCAUGGGCGGAAUCGACCCCGAGAUUCUGUUCAGCAUGAUGGGUAACCAGGGAGGCUUCGGCGGAGGCGGCUUCCGAUCCGCUGGAGGCUUCCCAGGUGGUGCAGGAGGAUUCCCAGGCGGCGCUCAGUUCAACUUUGCCAACGCCGGCGGCGGCAGGCAGCGAGGCGGUGGAUUCCCCUUUCAGUGA